AUGUGGAAGCUUAAGAUUGCUGAAGGCCAUGGACCAUACUUGUACAGCACCAACAAUUUUGUUGGCAGACAAAUUUGGGAGUUUGAUCAUGAAGCCGGAACGCCUGAGGAGCGAGAAGAGGUUGAAAAAGCUCGAGAGGAGUACCGGAAAAAUCGAAAACAAGGAGUUCAUCCUUGUGGUGAUCUGCUUAUGCGAAUGCAGCUUAUCAAGGAAAGUGGACUGGAUCUAUUAAGCAUACCACCAGUGAGACUAGGAGAAAAAGAAGAGGUGACAUACGAAGCAGUGACGACUGCUGUUAAAAAAGCUGUUCGAUUAAAUCGAGCAAUCCAGGCAAAAGAUGGUCACUGGCCAGCUGAAAAUGCAGGCGUCAACUUUUUUACACCUCCCUUGGUAAGUGUUUUAUUUUCAAAUUCCAAACAUAAACUUCUCUCGUGGCCUAACUGGUGUCCUGAUGAAUGUGUUACAAUCUGCAGAUCAUUGCCUUGUACAUCAGUGGGGCAAUUAAUACUAUCCUAA